AUGAUUCAGGUCAAUAUGUUCAAUUGCUCUGUAAUUGUUAUCGGAAUGUGCCUUUUGCAUAAAGUUCUUGACAGUAUAUCAACCAGUGCAUUUCUCAAAGGCUGGGCUGCUUUUGCUUGGGGGUGUUUCGAAACUGUACAUAACGCAGCAACUCUGUUCCCACCAAAUGAUCAACUGCUGAUGGACUCCCUAGCUAUCCUGGGAAGGUCCAUGGUCAAAACAGAGAAUUCUGUUAUGAGGGGAGUCCUAUUCAAAUCAUCAGCAAUGGCAACACUCAAGAGCAAAGCUAGUGGCUCAGGCAUGACGAAUCCCUCUCUGGUUGAAGUUGCGACUGCCUUUGUAUGGAAAUGUGCAAUGUUGUCUGCUCAGAAAGCAAAUCGUGGUCUCCAGAGGCCAUCUGUACUGUCCCAUGCUGUGGAUUUACGGAGACGAAUGGUGCCACCAUUGCAGGAAUACUCCAUAGGGAAUCUACUUUGGAUACUAUGCACGAAAUGCAAGGCGGACAAUGAGAUAGUGCUACAUUCACCGAUUCGAAAGCUGAGGGAAACAAUCACAGAAAUCUAUGGCGAUUUCGUGGAAAGAUUGCAGAGUGGUCAAGGGUUGUGUUUGGUUGCUAAGAGUGUGAAAGAGAUGUGUAAGUUGUGCUCCGAAGGUCCAGCGGACUAUUUUGGGUUCACCACUUGGUCCAAGUUUGGUAUGUAUGACACUGAUUUUGAGUGGGGAAAACAUGUGUGGGUUAGAGGUCACAGGAUCGUUGGGUUGGAUAAUUUGGUUCAUACGUUGGAAACAAGAGAGGGAGAUGGUAUGGAGGUGUGGAUAACUUUGGAUGAAAGUGAGAUGGACAUAUUGCUUUGUGAUCAAGAGUUUCUUGCAUUUGUGACCGUAGAUCCAAAUUUUCUUCAAUGUUUCUCAUUAACUGGCAUGCCUUCACUUGGUUUAUGCUGA